GUGACCUGCAAGUUGUAACUUUAAAACUAUUUAGGUCUGCUGUUAGUUUAAAUUAUCAUUUGUACAAUCAAAUAUAUGUACUUCGAUACGUAUCAAUGGUAAACCUGGAAGGUGUUCGCAGGAUAUGUAUACGUGUGUUUGCUCCCAUUUAUCUCUCUGAGGCGGAAGACAAUUAUAUUCCUCUUCUAUUUCCUUUCGAAAGGAAGUUGUUUGCAGUUGUAUCCAAAAUCAAUGUGGUUGCAUUAGUGCUCUUAGUGUCUAUCAUUACAAGCUGACCUUUCAAACCCCACUUGGUC